AUGUUGUUGUCUUUUGUCACUUUGAUGGCAUUCGUUACUUUUACCGCGGCAGAAUCCACUAAAACUAAAGAAUUCAGCUUCUCGACAGAAACGGGUGAGGUCACUGCAGCCGGAGUCACCUGUAAAUGGAUUGAAGUCAAACCAGGUCCCAACUCUCGUGAAAGACUGGCGCGCGGUAUCAGACUCUACGGCUGCAAGGGGAUUUCGGGUUCCCUAGAUUGCGGAUAUUUCGGAGGAUUCCCGGUCGACUGCAACAAGGACAUGAGCUACAGGGACUACUUGCAGGACCUUGCUGUCGAGGCCAUGAACGGAGGUCGGGUGUGCUCUACCCCUGAGAUUAUAGACAGACACUGUGGACAGAAGUACAGGUGUGUCCACGGCCCGUGCAAGACGAAAUCAGAGCUUUGAAUAAGCGCCUGGUGCAUGAAGAAAAUCAGAACUGGCGCAGAAAGGCGACCAGACCAAGGCCGUACUCGAGUAACGCCGUGAUUGAACUUCCAGUUGAGUAACGACAUCGGAGCUUUGACGGGACGAUAAAGGGUAUUUACAUAUACGACUGACCGUGAUCGUAUGAUGUUGCUGGAGCUUUCACUGAAAAGAGACGCUGCUGUGGCAAACCAAAAAUACAUUACGUUGUGAAAACUGUCAGAGAGAGAGGAAGUGAAUACAGGGCAUUGCUCCUACAACUGCGCACUACCAAAAUACUUUGUAGAAGAUGGUGUUGCUCUUUACACUAAGCUCUGAGGUAAAUCUUUUCCCUAGGAUCUAAGCGAAAUCUUCUUGAUUAAAGCAUCAACUGGAGUCCGUUUAUUUUCUUUCCCCAACUUUAUUCGGCAUCU